UUUUUGUGGCAGCCAAUUUUGCAUUUCCUUCUCUCUCUCUCUUCUUUCUCUCUCUACAUUCUCUGUCAAUCCUAAAUUUUCUCUCUCUAAAAAAAGAAAUAAUGUGUCCAACUGGAAGCAGCAUAUUGGAAAACGGCAACAAAAGAGCCGCUCCGAAAUCAAAUCUACGGUCGGCGUUCGACGUGCUCGACGUCGACGGCGACGGGAGGAUCAGCCGCGACGAUCUCCGGACGUUCUACGGCGGGUUGUCGGGUCAUGGAUCCUCCGACGAGGAUGCAAUCGGGUCGAUGAUAUGGGCGGCGGAUUCCAACAAGGACGGGUUCGUGGAGUACGAUGAAUUCGAGAGGGUGUUGUUGUUGAACGGUGGGAAGGGUAAAAAUGGGAGAUUUGAUUUGAUGGAGGAUGCUUUUAGGGCUAUGGAUAAAGAUGGAGAUGGCAAAGUUGGGCAUGAAGAUUUGAAGAGCUAUUUGAAUCGGGCCGGGCUUGAGGCCCGCGAUGAUGACGUCACUGCCAUGAUUAAAUUGGCUGGUGGUGACGAAAAUGGUGGCGUCACUUUCGAGGGUUUGCUCAAGAUUUUGGCUGUUUGAUGAUCAUGAAAA